AUGGCGAAUAGCGAAGAUGUUAUCGUGCCAGCGGACCUGGAAGAUGACGUUGCUGGGUCAGCAUCGGCGUUGCGCGUGUCGCCAUGGUGCGCGCCGUGGCUGUGGUCGGCGGUUAAGGUGGUGCUGCUCGUGCUGCUCUGGCACACCUUCAGCACGGCGCUCUCCCUCAACCCUUUAUCGCCCCCUGCUGUACCUGUGCACUCCCGCUAUGCAUUGCACUAUCGCAUCGCCAUGCAUCUUCUCCCUCGCGCUCGUCACCCGCACCUUCUACUCCAUGUGGUGGGGGAGACGGAGUUUGAGCUGCUGGGCUUCAUCCUCGUCAUGCUGGCCUCAUUCAUGGCGGGUCUCCGAUGGGUGCUGCUGCAAGUGCUCCUCCAGUGCCUGUGUGCUGUGCUUGCUCUCCCACACGCCACAAUCCUCCGGUUUCUCACCCUUCCUCGCAUAUUUGCUAUGGUCACGCCAUCCUCAUGCCACUAUCUCCUUCCCAGUCCUCCUAGUUCCCCUUGCCUCCCACCAACCUUGCUCACGUUGCUGCAGUAUCUGGCGCCCGUGAUGGCGCUUGUGUGCGGCAUCUUCUCGCUGCUGCACGAGCCGUGGUCCUCGCUCGCCUCCUUGCCCUACUUUGACACGCUGUCGCGCAACAAGGCACGUGAGUCUGAAGGCCAUCAGGUGCACGCGCUCAGUGAUGAGCUCCUCCCUCACCACCCGGGGGCAGGCCCUCGGACCAACUCUAGCUGUCUUUUGAGUCGACUCAAAAGUCGUCUGAAGGCCAUCGGGUGCAAAAGCUCACUGAUGAGCUCCUCCCUCACCACCCGGGCAGGCCCUCCGAGCAACUUUAGCUGCUGCACCACCCCGCCUCGCUCUAGUCGUCCGCCCCCCAGCGUAUCAUCGCUCCCCCGCGUAUCCUCUCUCUCACCGCGGCACCCCAGACUCCAGCUUAUCCUCACAUGUGCUGCUAUCCACCAGCAUGAGUUCCGUUGA